CUAUCUCUGCGCCUAUGAUGAGAGCCUCUCACCUCCCCAGCCACCUUCCUGACGGUGGGUUUUUGGCCCCAGACAUGCGGUGAUCUCAAAGCAAGGACUGCCACCACCACCUGGAACCUUCCAACAAUGAAUGCCCACUCCAAGGAGAUGGUGCCCCUCAUGGGCAGAAGAACCACCGCGCCCAGUGGGAACUCCGUUGUGCUGACUGAGAAGAGGCCGGCAGAUCUCACCCCCACCAAGAAGAAUGCACACUUCUUCCUGGAGAUAGAAGGUUUUGACCCCAACCCUACAGUCACCAAGACCUCUCCUCCCAUCUUCUCCAAGCCAAUGGACUCCAACAUCCGGCAGUGCCACUCAGGCAAUUGUGAUGACAUGGACUCCCCUCAGUCUCCUCAGGAUGAUGUGACAGAGACCCCAUCCAAUCCCAACAGCCCAAGCGCAAACCUGGCCAAAGAAGAACAGAGGCAGAAGAAGAAGCGGCUGAAGAAGCGCAUCUUCACGGCCGUGUCUGAGGGCUGCGUGGAGGAGCUGUGGGGACUGCUGCAGGAGCUGCAAGAGCUCUGCAAGCGGCGCCGCGGCCUGGACGUGUCUGACUUCCUCAUGCACAAGCUGACAGCCUCAGACACCGGGAAGACCUGCCUGAUGAAAGCUUUGCUCAACAUCAACCCCAACACCAAAGAGAUCGUGCGGAUCCUGCUUGCCUUCGCUGAGGAGAACGGCAUCCUGGACAGGUUCAUCAAUGCCGAGUACACGGAAGAGGCCUAUGAAGGGCAGACGGCGCUGAACAUCGCCAUCGAGCGGCGCCAGGGAGACAUCACAGCGGUGCUCAUAGCAGCGGGCGCUGACGUCAACGCGCAUGCCAAGGGUGUCUUCUUCAACCCCAAAUACCAGCACGAAGGCUUCUAUUUCGGUGAGACACCCCUGGCCUUGGCAGCAUGUACCAACCAGCCCGAGAUUGUGCAGCUGCUGAUGGAGAAUGAGCAGACGGACAUCACCUCCCAGGACUCUCGGGGAAACAACAUCCUGCACGCGCUGGUGACAGUGGCUGAGGACUUCAAGACCCAGAAUGACUUUGUUAAGCGCAUGUAUGAUAUGAUCCUGCUGAGGAGCGGCAAUUGGGAGCUGGAGACCAUGCGCAACAAUGACGGACUCACGCCACUGCAGCUGGCUGCCAAGAUGGGCAAGGCCGAGAUCCUGAAGUACAUCCUCAGUCGUGAGAUCAAGGAGAAGCCUCUCCGGAGCCUGUCCAGGAAGUUCACGGACUGGGCAUAUGGGCCUGUGUCAUCCUCGCUCUAUGACCUCACCAACGUAGACACCACGACAGAUAACUCGGUGCUGGAGAUCAUUGUCUACAACACCAACAUUGACAACCGGCAUGAGAUGCUGACCCUGGAGCCCCUGCACACGCUGCUGCACAUGAAGUGGAAGAAAUUUGCCAAGUACAUGUUCUUCUUGUCCUUCUGCUUCUAUUUCUUCUACAACAUCACCUUGACCCUCGUCUCUUACUACCGUCCCCGGGAUGAUGAGGACCUCCCACACCCCUUGGCCCUGGCACACAAGAUGAGUUGGCUGCAACUGCUAGGGAGGAUGUUUGUUCUUAUCUGGGCCACGUGCAUCUCCGUGAAAGAGGGCAUUGCCAUUUUCCUGCUGAGACCCUCCGAUCUGCAGUCUAUCCUGUCAGAUGCCUGGUUUCAUUUUGUCUUUUUUGUCCAAGCUGUGCUUGUGAUACUGUCUGUCUUCUUGUACUUGUUUGCCUACAAAGUAUACCUCGCCUGCCUCGUGCUGGCCAUGGCCCUGGGCUGGGCGAACAUGCUGUACUACACAAGAGGCUUCCAGUCCAUGGGCAUGUACAGCGUCAUGAUCCAGAAGGUCAUUUUGCACGAUGUUCUGAAGUUCUUGUUUGUUUACAUCCUGUUCUUACUUGGAUUUGGAGUAGCGCUGGCCUCGCUGAUUGAGAAGUGCGCCAAAGACAAAAAGGACUGCAGCUCUUAUGGCAGCUUCAGCGACGCAGUGCUGGAGCUCUUCAAGCUCACCAUAGGCCUGGGCGACCUGAACAUCCAGCAGAACUCCACCUACCCCAUCCUCUUCCUCUUCCUCCUCAUCACCUACGUCAUCCUCACCUUCGUCCUCCUCCUCAACAUGCUCAUUGCUCUGAUGGGGGAGACGGUGGAGAAUGUCUCCAAAGAGAGUGAGCGGAUCUGGCGCUUGCAGAGAGCCAGGACCAUCUUGGAGUUUGAGAAAAUGUUACCAGAAUGGCUGAGAAGCAGAUUCCGCAUGGGAGAGCUGUGCAAAGUAGCAGAUGAGGACUUCCGGCUGUGUCUGCGGAUCAACGAGGUGAAGUGGACGGAAUGGAAAACACACGUGUCCUUCCUUAAUGAAGACCCAGGGCCCAUAAGACGGACAGCAGAUUUGAGCAAAAUUCAAGAUUCUUCCAGGUGCAAUAGUAAAACCACCCUCUAUGCAUUUGAUGAACUAGAUGAAUUUCCAGAAACAUCGGUGUAGAAGCCUGGCUUAGAGCUGGUAUGAACACCGUGGUCUGAUGCUGAGGUACUGUGCAGAGUGCUGAAUUAGAAGCAAAAUGCUCCUCACACUGAUUGGUGGCUGCUGAGGAGCAGCUGUCAGGAUCUGAAAGGAAAGCACCUUGGGUUUUGUGACUUGAGGGAGGUGAGUACAACCUCGUGACCAGCGGCCCUGAGUCUGGAAGUCUCCUGAAGUCCAGGGUGAGGAGGCACCUGCAGGUUGGCUCGGCUCCAAGACACAUGUGCUGGGGAAGGAAGGAAGGAGAUGGGGUCUGAGGAGUGGGGAGCAGCCUCCCCUCCUGCUCUGGCCCUAUUGUUGGGGCCAGCUGCAGCUCACAGGUUCCUCCUCUACCUCCCCAGCUAUGACCACAUCUCCUGAAUUUGUGGGAGACUUUUGAUCCUGUCCCAGAAUGUGCAGAGGGCCUGAGCUAAGCCAGAUCUUCUGGGGAAGGAGGGGCGUGAGCUAUGGAAAUGCCCUUCCAGAGCCUCCAGCAAACAGGAAACUGGACUCCAUCCUUGGGAUGAAAUCCAAGGCUAAAACUGUCUCCAACCGAGAGACGUUUUUAAUAAUGAAUUGGCACAAGGUUUUUAUUUUUAGUUCAGAAAAGCCAUUUCAGUUUUGAAUGAAAAUUACUUCAGAUGAAGUAAGCAACUUUAAAAGCUGAGAACUAGAUUUUAGGCUUUUGGACUAGAUGUAAGUAUUAUAUACUAGGUCUCAGGGUAGCCAGAGUCAGGACAAUAAGCUUUUCUUCACAUACACGAAGCCUGAGGGAGACAGGCUGUGAUCUGGGGGAAGGGUUUGGGGCCUGUCCUCUUCCAGUCUCACCCAGUGCUGGCCUUACUUUAUCUGAGACAGUGAUCUGUUUACAGGGUCUUAAAACUCGGAGGUGACGAGCACACGCACUGUUUCACAUUGGGGGAAUUCAGCAAGAUACCUGAAACGCACUGCUAGCAUACGUUUUUGUUAACUGUGAAUUUUGAAUCUGUAGCAGAAGCCUUCUGAAGAAAGAAGGUCUGCCAGACUUGGGGCUUAUUUUCAUAUCCUCAGCCUCAGAUUUUUCUUCUCCUUGAAAUUUCAGAGUCAGUUUGGAGAUAGAAGAAUUUUUCCAGUGACUAGAAAUGCAAUAAUGUCCCUUCCUACUCUUCUGUUAUUUACUAAAAGGAUUCACAUGGAAAGGUGUGAGAUGAAAUUAUAGAUGUUUACAAUUUUUUUAAAAAAAUGUUAAAUGGAUCAGAAAUAAGUUGGGUCUUUAGAAAACUUGGCAUUUGGUGAGCUAAUCUGACUGGAGACCAGGUAAUGCAGUCCAUUCUGGCAGUCUUCUCCAUUCUGCAAUGUUCUGUGUGCCAGCUUAACUGGGCAGGUGAAAAGUUGGCCAUUCCGUCCUGCAUGGCCAGGUGGAACACUGGAGACUGCCCAGACUGCCCAGAUAUGCUCCCAACGGGCAGAAAUGGGGACAGAAAUAGAUUAAGAUUGUGGUUCCAUUCAGGAAACAGCUGCCUCAGCUUUUGGAGGUGUUCAAGAAAUGAGCAUUUAUGGGGGAAGAUGUUGACAAAAGCAAUCAGGUGAAUUUAAGGUUCCUAGACAUUCUACAAACCAGUAUUAUACAGCUGGAGCCCCUCUGAGUUAUCUUGAACAGAUGUCCUUGUUUGAAGUGUAACCAUUGGCUCUAGGGAGCUAGGACUCUAGCUUUGCUUUGACUUGAAGUUGGUAGAUAAAACCACUUAGCUUUGCAUUUCCCACUGGGAUGGAAGGUGGGCAAUUGGGAAGAUAGAAACAACGAGCUGGACCUUCGUCUUCUUACGUGUUGUAGAGAUCUGCUUUCUGUGGAUCCAGAUGGAAUUUGUUGACAAAACCAUUUCUGAACUGGAUAUUCAUCUAAAUGUGAGAUUCCCCAAAGGCUUUCAGCCCGGAGGGUCAAGCUAAGAGGGUUCAUCAAACCAAGGAAGGGAAGCUUGACAAAAACUGUCCUGCUCAAAAGGACCAAAUUCCUCACCGUAUGCCUGGACACUCAGGCUCUGGAAUGAACAUAGACUUGUUCAAAGUCAUGUCAGAGCAGGUGAGGCUAGGAUGUCCUCAUAUCUGGGCCACAGGUAUCCUUCUGCACAGCUUUUAUCAUUGGGUCUUUUUGUAGUUGGCACAUUCAGGGGCUAGGUUUUUUUCCCCUCACAUGACUUGGAAGUUAGCAUUGUCCUUACAACCCCAAUGACAAGUCUACACAUCAAAUGUGCCUAAAGCCACACAAUAACAACAUAAUAACAACAAAACAAUACACACCACUGACUCCAUGGGCCUAUCAGGACAUCCUUAAAACUCCAUGAUUUACAUUUCAGUAAUGUAGGGGGAAGAGGUUUUCCAGGGAUAGGAUCGAAAAUACUCAGACAGUAGUGGCAAACCCUGUUUUGGCUGAACAUUUCCCCAGGAAGAGAUCUGUAUUCUAGACAUUAGGUUGUGUGUCUGGAAUAACACAGGUGCUUACCUUCCUUCCCGGUGCCGGGGGAAGGAGUAAUAAGUUGUACUGUGAAGUCAUUGAGCUCUUAGGCACCUGCCCAAGAGAGUACAGUAUUAUUGAGGUUCCUUUCCUUUCUCAGGGCCUGGUGACUGUCUCCUUUAGCUCUGGGUGAGGCUCAGGGAGACAGGCCCUCACCAGAGUCUGUAAGCCAUACUUGACUUCUGCAUUGACUUAGAUGUUUUUAAUCUUAUUUUAUAGUUACUGUGACCUUAGUUCCAGAUACAGAAUUAUCAUCUUGUUCUCACUGGAUGUGCCUGAUUCUUGUAAAAAUUAAUUUAUAGACUGUUCUUAGGGUUGUAUGUGUGAAACUACAUGUUCAAGAAAUCAUAAAAAGGAAGACUGC